AUGGACGCAACUGCCCAGGCGAACGAUCGCAGUUCAGUGGGCAAGACUCCGCUCACCGAGGAUUUCGCCAGUUUUGUGACAGAGAUAUUGGAUAAGUGGAAAGUCCCGGGUUUGUCGAUUGCUGUGAUUGAUGGCGACCAGGUCUUCGCUGAGGGAUACGGCUUUGCGAUAUUGCCUGGUGAGCCAGCCACACCGGAAACGCUUUGGUACGCCGCUUCAACUACAAAGGCACACACUGCCACUACCCUAGCCCGCCUGAUUAACUUCGGAGAGCACACGGCUCUCGCCAACGGUUGGUCAACGACAAUCUCAUCUAUUAUCCAUGACGAUUUCGUCCUUCGGGAUGCGUGGGCGACAGAGCAUAUCACGCUAGACGACGCUGUAAGCCAUCGCGUAGGGAUGGCGGCUCACGAUAAAUCCUAUGCACGGGUAGUGGAAGGGAAGGAGAUUAAGCCUAAGGAUAUUGUUCGCAACUUGAGGAAUCUACCCUUAUCUACCGAACCCCGGCUCAAGUUCUCUUAUACGAAUUUGAUGUAUACCACGCUCUCACAUGUCAUUGAGACUGUUACGGGCAAAUGGCUUGGAGACGUAAUGAAGGAGCUGAUCUGGGAUCCGCUGGAUAUGAACUCCACUUUUUUCGACUUGCAGGAUGCAAUCAAUGCACCAUAUCAACUCGCUUCGGGGUACUACUGGGACAAGAAGGAAGGAAAAUAUGGAGAGGUUCCCUUCAUGAACGUUACGGAACUUAGCGGCGCCGGGGCUAUCUUCUCUAAUGUCCUUGACUACGCUAAAUGGGUGAAAUGCCUGCUUCACGAAGCACCACCAUUCUCCAAGGAGGUGCACAAGGACAUAAAGUCUCCGAGAAUCCUUAAAUCCAUACAACCGAAUGGUCCCUACGAUAUCACGACAUACGGACUGGGCUGGGAGCGUACCCACUUUAAGGGGCAUGUUAUAUACAAGCACAGCGGAGGAUUGCACGCCUAUGGUGCCCAGGUCUACUGGUUGCCCGAGACCAAGUAUGGCGUCGUUGCGUUCGCGAACACGGCCACUACGUCGAAUGCCGCUGAGGAAAUCCUGGCAUGGAAGUUGAUUCAAGACCGGCUUGGGAUCCCAGAGAAGGAGCGCUUUGAUUUUGAUGCUAAGUUCUUUUGGAACGGUCUAAGCAGUACCGUAGAUGAGACUGUUGAUAUUCUCUACCCCGAGCGACCGAAUCCGCCGCUGCCCGCCACCGUGAAUACCACCAAAUUGCAGGGCAUAUACUACGAUCCAGGAUACGGACGCAUCGCAUUACGCGAGAAGCCUCACCCUAACAGAUCAGAUGAGAAGAUCCUUGUUGCAGACCGCCAGGAGAUGACGUGGAAGUACCAGAUGAACCUGCACCACGUCUCUGGUGACUAUUGGGUUGUCUACUUGCCAUUAUUGGAGAAUCCAGGGUACUUCACCGAGUUCGUAGCAGCAGAGUUCAAGAUCGGAAAUGAUGGAAAGCCGGUUGGACUGCAGGUGGACUGGGUUAACCGAGUUACUGAUGAGGUUGAAGGAAAGGUCCUGUUCAAGAAGGUUGAUUAG